AUGACGUUUCCGCGGCACCAUUCAUUCCCCUUCCUGCGCUGCUGCCGCCUACGGCGCUGCAACGCCCCCACAUGGCAUGUGUCGCAUGCGACGUGGCACGUGACGUGGCGGCCACCCGACGUGCUGCUGCUGUUGCGUGGUCAUGACGAACUCGCCACACGGCCUCUGCAUGUUGCACACGCGAUGGCGGUGAUGGUGGUGUACGGGCCGCUGCAGUGGUCCUUCUAUGCGAAGGCGGUGCUGGUGGGGUACGGCCCCCUGCCGUGGUCCUUCUAUGUCCACCAGUCGUGGCGGCAGCCCGUCAUCAGGCCGGGUGACGUGCUGCCCUCGGUGGAGCUUCUUCAGCAGCACCUCCUUCCCCUCCAGGCCUUGUUCAAGUGGGGCUUCUGGCCGCACGGCGUGCGCAAGCUGGCGAGUGGCACGGCGUAUGACAACUGCGACUUCAGUGGCAGCUCCAAGGUGGCUCCUAUCCGCUUCUUCGGCUAUGCCAGGUACACAGUCCAGGCAGGUGACGCGGCCACGGGGCUCUAUUUCGCGUGCCCCGUGCCCAGCCACUGCGGGCCGGGCGGCAUGAAGGUGCAGAUCAGCGUCACUCCGCUGUAG